AUGUCAUCUGCUGCUAGUCGUGCCAUUAGGCGGCUUAUUGUUUCCGGCGUAUUUGUAGCUGGUGGAGGAGCCCUGAUAUACAGCUACAGACCUCGAAAUAUUCCGGGCUCCUCCUCUGCCGCUGUUCCGCCGCCUACUUACGGUCCAGAUGGAUCCUUUACCAGGCCACGGUUCCCGAGCAUCAAGCCACGACGUGAACAAUUGGCAGACUUGCGUCGAAGUGCCGAACUGGAUUCUGGGAACGAAUACGAUAUGCUGAUUAUUGGAGGAGGAGCUACAGGUGCCGGCGUAGCGCUUGAUGCUGCAACUCGCGGCAUGAGAGUGGCCCUCGUCGAACGAGAUGAUUUCAGCAGUGGGACCAGUAGCAAGAGUACCAAACUUGUCCAUGGAGGUGUUCGCUACCUCGAAAAAGCAGUGUGGAAUCUUGACUAUAACCAGUAUCAACUUGUCAGGGAAGCGCUCAAAGAAAGGAAGUAUUUCUUGCAAACCGCUCCGCACCUGAGCAUGUGGCUACCCAUUAUGCUGCCUCUUGAUAAGUGGUGGAAAGCGCCUUACUAUUGGGCGGGCACCAAGUUUUACGACUUCUUGGCCGGCAGCGAAGGAAUUGAAAGCUCCUAUUUCUUGACUCGUAGCAAAGCUCUCGAGGCAUUCCCUAUGCUGAAGCAGACGAAUUUGGUUGGGGCACUAGUCUAUUACGAUGGAGCACAUAACGACUCGCGGAUGAAUGUUUCAAUUGCCAUAACUGCAGCUCUCUAUGGCGCGACGGUUGCCAACCAUGCUCAAGUCACCGGCCUCAUCAAAGAUGAUCAUGGACGUCUUUGCGGAGCUGAGGUUAAGGAUCUCAUCGCCGCUCAAGACGGCGGACCGGUGCAAGAGUUUACAGUGCGAGCGAAGUGCAUAGUCAAUUGUACCGGCCCAUUCACCGACUCGAUAAGAAAGAUGGAUGACCAAGGGUGCAAGGAAAUUGUUUCCCCCUCAUCUGGCGUACACGUCAUUCUUCCCGGCUACUACAGCCCUGGAAAAAUGGGACUUCUUGAUCCUUCGACAUCUGAUGGCCGUGUUAUCUUCUUUCUCCCAUGGCAAGGGAAUACCAUCGCAGGUACUACUGAUUCACCAGCUCCAAUUUCAUCCACUCCGCUACCGGAUGAGGAGUCUAUCAAGUGGAUACUUGGAGAAAUCAGCCAGUAUCUGUCUCCGGAGAUUAAUGUGCGCCGAGGGGAUGUGUUGGCGGCCUGGUCUGGAAUCCGGCCGUUGGUCAAAGAUCCAAAGGCCAAGAACACAGAGUCUCUGGUACGCAACCAUCUUGUUGACAUAUCCCCGUCCGGUCUCUUGACUUGUGCUGGUGGGAAGUGGACUACUUAUCGCCAAAUGGCAGAGGACUGUGUCGACGCUGCCAUUAAAGAGUUUCAACUUAGUCCUAGUCCUGUCAUCAACGCACCACGCGUCAGUGGCACUGAAGUGAUCGACGAUGGUGCUAUUUUGGAUGGCUCCUGUCAGACUCACAAGGUUCGCUUAAUAGGCGCCCAUGGUUUUAGCAAAACACUUUUCAUACCAAUUAUCCAGCAUUUUGGCGUUGAGACGGAGGUAGCCAAGCAUUUGACAGAAAGCUAUGGCGAUCGGGCCUGGAUUGUUGCGGGACUGUGUGGGCUGACUGGCCAGAGAUUCCCGGCUCGAGGAGAGCGUCUAUCACGCUUGUAUCCAUUUGUUGACGGUGAGGUUCGUUAUGCAGUAAGGCAUGAGUUUGCCCAGACAGCUGUUGACGUUUUGGCACGCCGAACCCGGCUUGCUUUCUUGAAUGCGCAGGCAGCUCUGGAGGCGCUCCCUGGCGUAAUUGAUAUCAUGACCGAGGAGCUUGGCUGGGAUUGUCAGCGCCAAGAUCUUGAAUGGAAAGAUAGUAAGCAUGUUCCCCUCCUCUCCCUGUCCCUUGAUCGGAUGCGUGGCCCCGUCGGCACUGCAGUCCGUAAAAUGACCAAAAUUUUGAAAGAGCAGGGCAGAAAGACCCUGCCUAUACACGAUAACCAUACCUCCUUCAGAAGCGAUGCGGUUUGCGCUAACCAAACAAUCGUAGCUGUGACUUUUUUGAGAUCCAUGGGCCUGCCGCAACCAAUGCUCUCGGCUUCAAGGAGGCAGGUAGAGAAACGUGAGCUAGAUUUUGAAAAUUCACUUGAGUGGAACAUGUAUUCUCGGCACGAUAAGCCCGUUGAUGAUUGA